AUGUCAUUAGAUUUUUCAGGUAGAAGGAAGCGCAAGAAAACCGCUAUAAGAAAUGAAGAAGUCUAUUGUGAUAAAGAUAGAGCUGCAGCAGUCAAUAUGGGAUCGAAAGACAUAAAACAGUCCUUGAAAAUCAAGAGAAAACAAGAAAGGUCGACAUUCCUACAAAUACCAGAAGAAGCCGAGCCUGGAAACUUCCUAGCAUUGGGCAACUACGAAAUGUGUAGAGGAGAUCUACAAAUCGCUAUUGAUUUUAUGUCUAAGGCUCUGGAACUUAAUCCGACGGAAAAGAAUUCGCUGGUAGCCAGAAGCAAGUGCUACAUUCUGCUUGGUCAGCCAGAAAAUGCGCUAAAAGACGCCGAAACCGCCCUGCACGUGGAUAAAACCUUCAUAAAGGCCAUUUAUCAAAAAGCCGAGGCUUUGUAUUACUUAGGAGAUUUUGAACAUAGUUUGAUGUAUUAUCAUAGAGGACUUCACAUUCGACCUGACCAUCAAGGUUUCAAGUUAGGAGUGCAGAAGAGCCAGAAGGCUAUCGAAAAUGCUAUUGGCAGCUUUUUACCUUCAAAAUCUAAAGAGCCGAGUAUGAGGGGUGUAACUCCAUCGUCGAAUCAAAGAUCUACUCCGUCAGUUCCAACUAAGUCUAAAAGCUCUAAUAAACCUAGUCGUUUAUUGAGAGAAUUGGCAGCCGAUAAGGAUUAUUUGGAUAAUUUAAUGCAAAAUCCGAAUAUUAAGUGUAAAUUUAAGGAGAACGAUAACACUAUCGAGAAGUGUAUUAAGGAAACUGUUGAGUAUUUGAAUGCCCGGCAGGAGUUUUGGAGGCAGCAGCUUCCAGCGCACUUAAAGUAGAAUUUUAGGGUUCAAAAUAUGUGAUUAGAAAAGUAGGUUACAAAGAAUGCUUUGAAAUUUUGUGUUAAUUUUUAAGAUAGAUACAAUUAUUGUUUAGCAACUGUAAAUUAUCGAGUAUCUGGUAGGGGUAGGCAAAAUAAUUGAUUAAUCGAAUAAUAAUCAAUUAAUCGAUUAAUCGAUGAGUCGAUUAUUUUAUUGUUGAAAAAUCGAUAAUCGAUUAUUUCCGAUUGUCGAUUAUUUUCGAUUAAUCGAUUAUUUUUGAUUAAUCGAUUAUUAUCGAUUAUUUUCUAUUAUCGAUUAUUUUCGAUUAAUCGAUUAAUUUCGAUUAAUAGAUUGAUGUUCUCCGAUUAAUCAAUUAUUAUCGAUUAUUUUUUGAAAUAAUAAAGUAGCAAAGUAACCAAAGAGUUUAUUUUAAAAAAAAGCUGAUUAAUGGUUACUGUAGUACUGUGGGCAACAACCUGUGAACAUUUGCAAAAAGUACAAAAAUGUAGCAAUGCUAUAAAAAAACUAAUUUUUCAA